AUGAGUAAUAAUGAUUUCACUUUCCAAAUCCCAGCUCAAUUAGCCAACAUGACUUCUCUUUCAGUUCUGGACUUCUCUAAUUGUCAACUACUACAAGGUUCUGUUCCUUAUCUGCCACAGCUUAAAGAACUAGCAGUGAGUAGUUCUACCCUUCAACUCAAUUUAACUAGGAUGUGUUUAAGGCUAUGGCCUAGACUAGAAAUCUUAGAUAUUGGAGGUACAAGUGUGAAUGGAUCAAUUCCGAGUGCAAUAUCUAAUGCUCCAUUAUUGGUAAAACUUCUUGCAUCAGGAUGUAAAAUUCAAGGAUCCUUGCCUACUUCAAUCACCAAGCUUUUUCGAUUGCAAUCUCUAGACCUCUCUAACAAUAAUAUAACAGGUUACCUUCCGGUUUCAAUCUCCAAUCUCAAACAUCUAGAAUUUCUCUACAUGUACUCCAAUAAUUUGCAAGGGCCUAUACCAGAAUCAAUAUGUGGGAUCUCUUCUCUCCGGAAAAUUGAAUUGAGAGGCAACAACUUAACUGGCACCUUACCAAGCUUAAAAACCUCGAGUAUUUCAAUGUUGAACGAAACUCCAUUGAUGAACAAUCUAUCUGGGGCUAUACCUUCUAGUGUUGGGUACUGCACUUCUCUUCGUUCGUUGGAGAUUGACACUAAUAAUCUCAGUGGAAAUGUUCCACGUGAGCUUGGACAAGCAACUUCUCUCGAAAAUCUUUUAUUGAAUGGAAAUGCUCUCGAUGGCACCAUACCAGCUUUCAUUGGUUCACUAGCCGAUCUGAAAAUCCUUUCUUUAAGAGAAAACAAGUUCAGUGGAUCGAUCACCAACUUGCAUGAUCUCCAGAUCUUAGACUUGAGUGUAAACAAUCUUUCUGGUUCAAUUCCUCGAAAGCUAGACGAGCUGAAGAUGCUAAUAAGUAGACCAAAUGAAACAUUUGAGGUUCGUUCCUAUGGCUUUCAGGAUUCUGGUCAUCUUGAACUUGAAAUGGUAAUCAAAGGGGUAAUCACGCAGUUCUUGCGAUUGUACAACUACAUUUCAGGAAUUGAUUUGUCGUGCAACAAUCUUGUUGGGGAAAUUCCUACAGAGGUCAGUCUAUUACAAGCACUUGCAACACUGAACCUGUCACAUAACCAUCUCUACGGUAAAAUACCAGCGAGCAUUGGGAACAUCACUGGUUUAAACUCUUUGGACUUAAGUUUCAACAAAUUGUCCGAGAAAAUUCCUCAAUCCCUGACAACUAUAGACUCCCUUGGGCACUUGGACUUAUCUCACAACAUCUUGAGUGGCAGGAUCCCAACAGGACCUCACUUUGAUACACUGAGCAUAGACGGCUCUGCUUACGAAAACAACAGUUUGUUGUGCGGGUCUCCUUUAAAGAACAUUUGUGACGGUGAUGACCAGAGUAGGAAUACUACUGAUGUUAACCGUCCAAAUGAAGUUGAAGGAGAUGCAAAAGAGAAGAUACUUUUUUAUGGUGUUAUUGCUGUGGGGUUUGGAGUUGGAUUUUGGGUCCCUUUCUUCAUUUUGCUAGUAAAGAAACAUACAUGGUGGUUUGGGUAUCGGAGAUUGAUUGAUUCUGUUGCAGUUAAGAUAUCUAGAUGUCUGCUCAAAAAUGUAUAA